AUGAAGAUCAAGGACAGCACCGGCCACGUCUACAACGUGCACAAGCUCAUCGUCUGCUCGCAGAGCGACUUCUUCGCUAACGCCAUGAAGGACAACACCUUCAAGGAAAGCCACACCUCCCUGAUCCACCUCCCGGCCGACGACGCGCCCGCCGUGCGCGCCAUGCUGCAGUACAUGUACACGGGCACGUACGACAUGCCCGUCUUCGUCGGCGCCAUCGACGCCAUGCUGCUCGUCCACCUGCGCGUCUACCUCCUCGCCGACAAGUACGCCGUCGGCAACGACAUCGGCGCCAUGAGUGCCGUCGCGUCCACGUCCAAGCAACAGCAGACGGAGUCCAACGACAAGAACGACAAGGACGCUGGUGCUUGUGCUACGAAGUCUUCGUUGAAGCUCGCCGAAUUGGCGUGCGUGCGCCUCGCGGAGGAUCUGGAGGGCUUGUGGGAGCUGGUGAGGCCGGCGUUUAAGCGGAUCGUGAGGGAGGUGUAUGCGUGCACGUCGGCGGAGAGGGACGGCGCGCUGAGGGCGGUGGUUGUCGCGGUUGCGGCGAAGCAUGUCAAGGCCGUGGUUGAUGAUCUGGUUGACGAGGAUGAUGAUGGUGGUGACAGCGAGGAGGGUGGUGGUGGUGGCGGCAGCGGCAUUGGUGCUGCUGCUGUUGCUGCUGGCCCUGCCGAUGGUGGUGGUGAGGGCGCCGAGAUCAACGAGGGCGCGGCCGAGAUGCAGGAUGUCCUGGGCGAGUUUGGCCGCGACCUCUGCAGGGUCUUGGCCAAGGAGCGCGAUGAGCUGAAGGCGCGGCUGGUCGAGGUCAGCUCCGUCGCUGCGAGCAAGUAA